GCGGGCGGCGAGGCGGGGGCGGCCGCUCCGGGCGGAGCGCCGCUCGGCCCGACGGGAUGGCCGCGGUGGCGGCGGGGCUGGCGCUGGGCGGGGGGCUCCUUCUGGCCGCCUGGCGCUGGCUGCGGGGCGCCGACCGGGCCGGGGCCGCGGCCGCGGCCGGGGCCUCCAUGCGGGGCAAGACGGUGAUCAUCACGGGGGCCAACAGCGGGCUGGGCCGGGCGGCGGCGGCCGAGCUGCUGCGGAUGCGGGCCCGCGUCAUCAUGGGCUGCCGCGACCGGGCGCGGGCGGAGCGGGCGGCCCGCGAGAUCCGGGCCGAGCUGGGCGAGCGGGCGGGGGCCGGCGGCGAGCUGGUGGUCCGGGAGCUGGACCUGGCCUCGCUCCGCUCCGUCCGCGCCUUCUGCCACCGCGUCCUGCAGGAAGAGCCGAGGCUGGAUGUUCUGAUAAAUAAUGCAGGGAUAUUCCAGUGUCCGUACAUGAAGACAGAGGAUGGUUUUGAGAUGCAAUUCGGUGUAAACCAUUUGGGUCACUUCUUGCUCACCAACCUUCUCCUGGGCCUCCUCAAAAAUUCUGCUCCAAGCAGGAUUGUGGUAGUAUCCUCAAAGCUAUACAAAUACGGAGAGAUCAACUUUGAAGACUUGAACAGUGAAAUAAGUUACAAUAAAAGCUUUUGUUACAGUCGGAGUAAACUGGCUAACAUAUUAUUUGCAAGGGAGCUAGCCCGUCGGUUAGAAGGGACAGGAGUCACCGUCAAUUCACUUCAUCCUGGGAUUGUCAGAACAAAUCUAGGCAGAUACGUGAAUAUUCCUUUGCUGGCAAAACCCCUGUUCAACUUGGUGUCAUGGGCUUUCUUCAAAACACCUCUGGAAGGAGCCCAGACUUCUAUUUAUUUGGCCUCUUCUCCUGAUGUCGAAGGUGUGUCAGGAAAAUAUUUUGGGGACUGCAAAGAGGAGGAACUCCUGCCCAAAGCCAUGGAUGACUUGGUUGCAAGAAAGUUGUGGGACAUCAGUGAAGUGAUGGUUGGCUUACUGAAAUAAGUGCCAGGGGGUAUCUGCAAAACAGAGUGCAGAUAACUAUGCAAUGCAUAUUUGCAACAGUGUAAUUCUCACCUUAAUGCUGUGGGAAUACAGAUUACUUUGCUCAAGAAGUAUUAAACAAGGGAGUGAUUUAUGCUGUAGGACUGUUUUGAAAUAAAGGACAAUAUUUAAUAGACACAGGCAUUCAAAAAAAUCUGAAAUAGAAUUUGAGGGUGUGAACAUAAUUUCUGGUUAAAUCUACUUGGAAACUCAUGUUUCACAAAUGGAAAUUAAACAAAACUGUGUUUUGCAAUAUAUAUGCAUAUUUGUCAUGUUCCACUACUUGUAGUUGGGCUGGACAGUGCAGGGUACUGAUGGUGGAACACUUCUGUAAAAAGGUUUUGAAAAAAUGGGUCCUAAUAAUAACAGGAUUGUUGUCUUUUUUGAGCCAUCACAAUGGUAAAUGGAAUAAACAGUUUUACUGAUACUUUA